CGAAGACGACGUGUGAACGCAAUUUUUAAGAACAAAAGGAUGAAACGAAAUGCGAUGCUGGGUUUGACUUUGUUGGACUUCGGCUGUUGCGGUUGCCGCGAGGCGAGGCGAGGCGAGACUCACCGUCUGACAUGUGGGCCACCCUAACGGUACCCGCGAAACCAACGACCGCCUCCCAAACAAAACGACAAAAAAGCAAUGAAAAAAAUAAAUAAAAAAAAAGCGUCCACCCCCCGAGCCCCGACCCAGAAUGGAGGAGGUCGUCGUCGUGGCCCCGGCCGUCGCCGUCGCCGUCCACCCGCUCCGCGCGCUGCCCUCGCGUCCCCGCCUCCAAUGCCAUUAACCCUACGCGCACGGCGGCUAGGGUUUCGCCCCCUCCUCCUCCUCACCUCCUCCCCCACUCCCCACCCGCGGCCGUGACGAUGCCGUCGUGGUGGAAGCGCUCCAAGUCGGCGUUCCACCGCUCGUCCGUCACCCCGUCCUCCUCGUCGGCCUCCACGCCGUCGUCCCCCGCGCGGGCGUCCACCUCGCGCGUCCAGCCCGGACCCAGGGGCCGCGCGGGGAGACGGGGGGACCUCCUCGCGCCGCCGCCCAAGCUCACGCGCCAGCGGAAGCUGCGCCACGUCGACGUUGGCAGCGUCGACGUCCAGCUUGGGGACCUCGGCAUCGACGACGACGUCUCCGAUAGGUCUUCCUCCUCCUCCCCGCCGCAGCAGAGGGGCCGCUCCUCGGCCUCCGAGGCCGUUGGGAUCCCGAUCGGCACCCCCAUCUCCAGGUCCGCCAGCGCCAGGGAGGGCGGCGCGCAGCCACCCAGGUCCGCGUCCUCGCCCGUCCUGCACCCGCUGCCGCUGCCCUCGCCCAGGCCGCCCGACCCGUCCGGGGCCGCCGAUGGGUGGGGCGACAGGACGACGACGCUCGCGCCCAGGGUGACAAGCCUGAUUGCACAGAAGUUUCCUGAGCACAAUGAAUUAUUACCAAAUGGAACAAAACGGGCUACCUUUAGUCACCACAGGAAUGCAUUCCGUGAGAAGUUCCAGGAUAAGGGUUCACCAGAAAUUAUGAACUUUCGGUUGAACAUUCCUGCUAAAAGUGCUCCGAGCAGUGGGUUUUCAAGUCCUGUGUGCAGCCCUCGAAGAUUUAGCAAUGCUGACUUCUCAUCUACUAUGGCACCUGCUCAAGGACCUCUUGUGUGGUCUGCUCCAUCUAUCCAAUCGACAGAUUUUAUGGGAGUUUCAUCCUCUCCUGAAAAAUAUGCAGGGGUUCCAGAUCGGUCUUCGUUCUCUAGUGCCUUGAGAAGUCCUAUUCUUAUGCCAAGGAACACCAGUGCCCCUCCAUCACCUAUGCACUCUAAAUUGUACCCAGAUAACAAUAUUUCACGCAUUGAAGGAAAUGGGAGUGUCAGCUUUCACCCAUUACCACUCCCUCCUGGUGCUUUAAGUCCAAUGCAAACAGGUUUUACCACUCAGUCUGCUCCAAAAGUUGAAAUGCCUUCAGUGGCUGGUCAGUGGCAAAAAGGAAAACUUCUAGGCAGCGGCACAUUUGGUUGUGUGUAUGAAGCUACCAAUAGGCACACUGGAGCUCUCUGUGCAAUGAAAGAAGUUAACAUAAUUCCUGAUGAUGCUAAAUCUGCUGAGUCCUUGAAGCAAUUAGAGCAGGAAGUAAAGUUCCUAAGCCAAUUUAAGCAUGAAAACAUAGUGCAGUAUUAUGGCAGUGACAUUAUUGAAGAUCGUUUUUACAUUUACCUGGAAUAUGUUCACCCGGGUUCAAUUAAUAAGUAUGUCAAACAACAUUAUGGUGCAAUGACAGAAUCAGUUAUUCGCAACUUCACCCGCCAUAUUCUAAGGGGUCUAGCAUUUUUGCAUGGCCAAAAGAUUAUGCAUAGGGAUAUCAAAGGAGCAAAUCUGCUAGUUGAUGUUCAGGGUGUAGUCAAAUUGGCUGACUUUGGAAUGGCGAAGCAUUUAAGUACUGCAGCCCCUAAUCUUUCACUGAAGGGAACGCCAUACUGGAUGGCCCCAGAGAUGGUUCAAGCUACACUAAUGAAAGAUGUAGGCUAUGAUCUCGCUGUUGAUAUAUGGAGUCUUGGCUGCACCAUCAUAGAGAUGUUUGAUGGAAAGCCUCCUUGGAGUGAUCUUGAAGGGCCAGCUGCGAUGUUUAAGGUGUUACACAAGGACCCACCAAUUCCAGAAAAUUUGUCCAAUGAGGGCAAAGAAUUUCUACAGUGCUGUUUCAAGAGGACUCCUGCAGAGAGGCCAACUGCAAACGAGCUGUUGGAUCAUCCAUUCAUCCGCAAUUCAAGUCACUACAACAAACAUGGUUCCAUACAUUCAUUUGCAGGGAUUAAAGUCAAUGAUACCACUUACAGUUCAAGGGACAACAGACCGACUGCGAAGAGUGACUCAAGCAUGAAAGGGAAAAAUACCAAUCUUGAACCAAGCAGAGCUGCUAGGUCUUCUGAAUCAACUUUUCGGUUGGCUCCACUAACAAUCCAGGAAGCUACUCCUAAUUUUUCACCUCGGCCUUUAGGUUUUGGCAAUCCUGGUUCCACAGCAAAUUUUGUGAACACCAUGCAGUUUACAAGCGUAAACCCUCAGCCUAGUCCAUUGCCAAGGCCUAACGGGAAGGAAGUUUUGUUCUAAUCGUGGAUGCUGCAUGCCAUGUAGAGUGCCAUUUCUAUCAGAUGCAGUUCAGUAAGGAUCUUGAGCUUUAUAGAUCAUCUGUGUGACCACGCAACAUUGUGGCUCAUGGAGCACUGCGAUCCAGAGGAGCUGGGUUAACAACCCUGUGAUGGAGCUUCCAUGGUGUUUCACCUACAGGAUGCAGCUUCUGACCUUAACUUCUAACGAUUUUUUUAGUAAGGAUACAUAACCAUAUGAAUUGUAUAGUUUACCAGGGUUUGCACGAGAGAUUCUUGAAAGCACAAGCACAGAUGUAAAUUGUCUCCAGAAAUUGUUGAUGUCAUUUUUUGUGUAGCAUAGAAUUAGGACUAGCUUUAUGUAAAACUGAAAGUUCUCAAUUUUCAGCCAACAGGAAUUAGGUGUAGUCUAUGUUGUUUUUGCUGCUCCACCAUGUAAAAUCAUGUUUUGCUGUAUCAUUGAUUAUUCAUUUUUGGCCAAAAUAUCGAAGGCCCACUGGCUUUUA